AACGCGACAUACUCAAUCGGAUAUCGCCUGCGGCAAGGAUGUGACUGAUUUCUAUAACAUUACGCUCAUUAAUCGCCGAUAUAUCAACUUCCGUAUCAUAUAGAGAUUUACUAAAAUUGCGCGAUUGUUGGUUGGCUUGGAGAGAAGAUAACGUCCCGUUUUUACUGCCAUCUGUUGGCGGGAAGUAUUCAUUACUCAGUGGUAGUUGUAGUUUAUUUUUUAUAAUCGGAAUUGCUUAGUGUGUAAUUUUCUCAUAGUGGUUAAAUUUGCGUCGCUCCAGAAACAACAUAAAACAGACAAAACAAAAACCUAAUCCAGAAGUGACCGCUAUACUCCUUUUACUCCGGGAGGUCUCAGUUUAUCAAACAAACGCACUCCUGCCUUCACCCAGUGACGUUUGUUUCCCGCCCUAGCUUCUUCUGCCAUCCUGUCACAACUCAAUUCAAGUAACUUAUUUUACCUGGUUGAAUUCAUUCACAUACAUCAAAAUUUCGUCUAUGGCAACGAUGCCUUCCACACAUGACUGGAUUAACAACCCACUGGAUGUUAUCGAGGAGAUGUUUGCUGGAUCUCAGAACAACCCGAAUUCUGGUUGGGAGGCAAAAGUGGUCGAAUUCUUCAAAGGUCAUUUAAAUGAAAAGGAUGCUCACACAUGGGUUCCAUCAAUGAAUGACAUCCCACUGCACUACCUAAAGCCCAACAGCCUGGUCAAGUUCCGCUGUUUAAUUCAGGACAUGUUCGAUCCAGAGUUUUACAUGGGAGUGUAUGAAACUAUCGAUGCAUCAUCACAAGCUAAAGUGUUAAGGUGUGGAAAGUACAAAGACGUGACAGAAUUUGGGGUGGAGUUUAACUCCAAAAACAUUGUGACUUCCGAAAGACAAACUUUCUACUGUGUACCUGUUCCUGGGGAAAAUGCUUGGGUGAAAGAUUGUUAUGCUGCCUCGAGUCAAGCAAGAGUGCUGCCGUCCACCUCGUACGCGCCAAAUAGACAAAAGCGCAGCUAUGAAGAUGAUGACAUGGAUGGCGUCGAUGCUCAGCCACAGAAACAAAGGGAACCUCAUACAGGUCUUCAGAUUCCGCCAGACCAACACUGCACAGGUGACGCCCGGCGGCAAGAGACGGAAGUUGCUCUGAACUACACAGCGUCUGCCUCGCAACUUGACCUCAACUUCCCUCUCCCAGAUGAGAAAGGCCCAUCUUGCUUAAUCAAGGUCUACGAGGACUGGGAGAGCUUCAAACUGAAUGACACCAUAGAAGUCUAUGGGAUCCUCUCAGUUAGUCCUGCUCUCGGCGCUCUGGCAGAAGACAAGGAUGCGUCCUCAUCACUCAUCGACGCUUCGGAUUCAAUGGAGACAGCCGAGGAGCAGAGAGUGCACAGCCCACCUGCGUCACUGGUUCCUCGUCUCCACAUGCUCUAUGCCAAACCACUGGCACAAAACAACCCUCUGCUGCCCUGUGCAUCCUUGCAAGACAAUCACGCCUUUUUGUCUUCAACCUUGAAUGAGAUGGUAUCAGUCAGAGGGGACUUCCUUGCAUAUCUAACUCAUGUCCUUCUGGGAGAUUCCCUGGCUGCCGAGUACCUCAUCCUGCAUCUUAUUUCCAGCGUGUAUGCCAGACGAGAUGUGCUACCACUGGGCAAGUUUACGCUAAACCUGAGUGGAUGUCCCACCAUCUCCUCAUACACGGAACGCCUCUACAAGGUCAUCCAGCAACUUGUUCCUUCUUCGUUCUAUCUGGGCAUGAGCCUUCACAACAUGAAUCAGAUGCGUAUGGUGCCAAAGAAAGACUACUUGGCCAACCGGCUGGUGAGCGGAGCCCUGCAGCUGGCCCAAAACACUUCCCUUUUCCUUGAUGAAACCCAACUGGAGCAAGGACAACUGGACACGACAGGUGUGCGCAAUGUCACAGCUUUGGGGAAUGUGAUCUCAUGGCAGAAGGUUGAUUAUGACUUUAACUACCACCAGAUGGAAUUCCCCUGCAAUAUUAACGUGCUCGUCGCAUCGGAGGGACGCUCACUGCUGCCGUCAGACUGUCAGAUACACCUGAAACCUCAAGUGGCUCCAGACAACAUGGAUGAAUAUCUCACAAGCAUCCCCAUACAUGCGCAAACAUCAUCACAGUUCAACAAGUUCCGACUCUAUCUGAGUGUGGCCCGGCAGCUGGACUACAGUAUCUCAGAUGACGUGACCAAGUCAGUCGAGGAUGAUUUUGUAGACAUGAGGAAGGACGACCCCCAAAGCAUAAGUGCUGAGGACCUGCACCGAAUGCUUAUUGUAGCAAGGUUGCUGUCUCUGAGCCUGGGACACACCUCUUUGUCCAGAGACAUCUGGCUGAGGGCCAAACACAUCGAGAUUCAGCGUUGCUGUCGGAUGGAGCAGCACAAGAGCGUCAAUGGAAAUGAGCCGUGAUUACUGUUAGCUAUUGUUAUCCUUUUGAUACAUAAGGUUUAUGAUCAAAACGUCUCUCAUUUCAUUUAUGUUCAUGUACGUUGUGCAGCUGUGGCACUACAUGCCAGCAGCUAACACCUGUAUGCCUGUGCACAGUUUUCCAUGUUUAUAAUUGUUUCCAAAUGUAAAUAAAGUUCUAGAAAAAUC